AAAACCCGGAGCAGCUGCGUGCGUUCACGGAAAGUCCUUCUAGGGGCGAAGCCGGCCAGCUGGGCAUGCUCAGUAGCUGGGGGAGGCUUGGGUGGAGAGUAGAAAGCUUUGGCUCAGCCUCCCACCCCCUCCCUCAGGCCCCCGCCCCCCUUGCCCCUACACAGCCCGUAGUAGUUGCCCGGCGUGCGCCCGGGGAGACCAGGAACAUGGCGCUGCGAGCGAUGUAGCCGCGGAGGAGAAGGGGGUGAGGCACCGCCGCUUCGCUGACAGCCAGCCACCAGAAAUACACUGUGGUGAAAUGCUUCCACUCUUACCAAAUGAACACUGAGGAAAAAUGAAAAUUACUGAAGAGCACCAACAUAAAGUUGUAAGACAGGAAUAGCCACACUUCUGUGGGGUCCAGUUCAUCUACAGCCAUUAUUAAAAGGUGUUUGCAUCAUGUUUGGGAAGAAAAAGAAAAAGAUUGAAAUAUCUGGGCCAUCCAACUUUGAACACAGGGUUCACACAGGGUUUGAUCCUCAAGAACAGAAGUUUACUGGGCUCCCGCAGCAGUGGCACAGCCUGCUAGCAGACACGGCCAACAGGCCGAAGCCCAUGGUGGACCCCUCAUGCAUCACGCCCAUCCAGCUGGCUCCCAUGAAGACAAUCGUUAGAGGAAACAAGCCCUGUAAGGAGACCUCCAUCAAUGGCCUGCUGGAGGAUUUCGACAACAUCUCUGUGACCCGAUCCAACUCCCUGAGGAAAGAAAGCCCGCCCACCCCCGACCAGGGCGCCUCAGGGCGGGGUCAAGGCCACCGCGAGGAGAAUGGCUUUGUCACCUUCUCCCAGUAUUCCAGCGAGUCCGAUACCACUGCUGACUACACCACUGAGAAGUACAGAGAGAAGAGUCUCUAUGGAGACGAGCUGGAUCCCUACUACAAAGGCGGCCAUGCCGCCAAGCAGAACGGGCACGUGGUGAAAAUGAAGCACGGGGAGGCCUACUAUUCUGAGAUGAAGCCGUUGAAAUCCGAUUUUGCCAGAUUUCCCGGCGAUUAUCACACUCACUUGGACUCACUGAGCAAAGCCAGUGACUACAGUGACCUCAAGUGGGAGUACCAGAGGGCCUCCAGCAGCUCUCCUCUAGAUUACUCAUUCCAGUUCACGCCUUCUAGAACUGCAGGGACCAGCGGGUGCUCCAAGGAGAGCCUGGUUUUCAGUGAGAGUGAAUGGGGACCCAGCCUGGAUGACUACAGGAGGCCAAAGUCGUCUUACCUCGGGCAGACGAGCCCGCAGCCCACCAUGCGGCAGAGGUCCCGGUCAGGGUCGGGACUCCAGGAACCCAUGAUGCCCUUCGGAGCAAGUGCAUUUAAAACCCACCCACAGGGACACUCGUACAGCUCCUAUACCUACCCUCGCCUGUCGGAGCCCACCAUGUGCAUUCCCAAGGUGGAGUAUGAUCGAGCACAGAUGGUCCUCAGUCCUCCACUGUCAGGGUCUGACACAUACCCCAGGGGCCCCACCAAACUACCUCAAAGUCAAAGCAAAGCAGGCUAUUCCUCAAGCAGCCACCAGUACCCCUCUGGAUAUCACAAAGCCACUCUGUACCACCACCCCUCCCUGCAGACCAGCUCACAGUACAUCUCCACAGCAUCUUAUCUGAGCUCCCUCAGCAUCUCCUCCAGCACCUACCCCCCACCCAGCUGGGGCUCCUCCUCGGACCAGCAGCCCUCCAGGGUGUCCCAUGAACAGUUUCGGGCUGCGCUGCAGCUGGUGGUCAGCCCAGGAGACCCCAGGGAAUACUUGGACAACUUUAUCAAAAUCGGAGAAGGGUCAACUGGCAUUGUAUGCAUUGCAACGGAGAAACACACGGGAAAACAAGUUGCAGUGAAGAAAAUGGACCUCCGAAAGCAACAGAGACGAGAACUGCUUUUUAAUGAGGUUGUAAUAAUGCGGGACUAUCACCAUGACAACGUGGUUGAUAUGUACAACAGCUACCUUGUCAGCGAUGAACUCUGGGUGGUUAUGGAAUUUCUAGAAGGUGGUGCCUUGACAGACAUCGUUACUCACACCAGAAUGAAUGAAGAGCAGAUAGCUACCGUCUGUUUGUCAGUUCUGAGAGCUCUCUCCUACCUUCACAACCAAGGAGUGAUUCACAGAGAUAUAAAGAGUGACUCCAUCCUCCUGACCAGCGAUGGCCGGAUAAAGUUAUCAGACUUUGGUUUUUGUGCUCAAGUUUCCAAAGAGGUGCCCAAGAGGAAAUCAUUGGUUGGCACUCCCUACUGGAUGGCUCCUGAGGUGAUUUCGAGGCUGCCUUACGGAACAGAGGUGGACAUCUGGUCCCUCGGGAUCAUGGUGAUAGAAAUGAUCGAUGGCGAGCCCCCCUACUUCAACGAGCCCCCACUCCAGGCGAUGCGGAGGAUCCGGGACAGUUUGCCACCAAGAGUGAAAGACCUACACAAGGUUUCUUCAUUGCUCCGGGGAUUUCUGGACCUGAUGUUGGUGAGGGAACCCUCUCAAAGAGCCACAGCCCAGGAACUCCUCGGACAUCCGUUCUUGAAACUGGCUGGUCCACCAUCUUGCAUUGUUCCCCUCAUGAGACAAUACAGGCAUCACUGAGCACAGGAUUCAUGCAGGUGGCAAAGCUAGAUGAAGACAGGAGUAUAAUUCAGGAGAACAUGAGGAAACCACAGAACAUACAAACGACCAGCUGAUUGGUGGGACAGUGUGAUGACCAGCAGGGUUUAACAGACCAGGGCAUCUUCUUGUGUCUUAAACAGGCAUCUCUCCACUGACAGCUGGUGUGAUCAUUUGAAACACGGCUUUAGUAAGUCAUUAUUGUAUUUUUCAGCCCUUCAUCCAGCAAAUCAGAAGGACUCAGUACAAACUCCGUUAUGAUAUAUCCUAGCCACAUGCAGGGUAACGCAUAGGAUUUUCUAUAUUGAAAGAAUACUUUUCUGGCAAAAAAAAAAAAAAAAAAGAAAAAAAAGAAAGGAAAACAAAAAGCACUUUUUUCUUAAUGGUAGCAGUGUAAUGUAUUUUGCAAUGAAUUUGUAAUUUUUCUGUACAAUAGUUUUGAUAAUUUAUAGUACUUUGAUGUCAUGUAGCCAUUGUAUCAGUUGAAGUAAUAACUUGUUUACUAGCAAGAGUUUGAACAAAGCCUUUCCUACUUUUUUAUCCCUUUCAGAGAACCAACACUUCUUUAGGAACUUUGAAUACUGAAUGACUCAAUCACCGUCAGCUUUAGUAGAAUCUCUUUCUUAUCUUAACAAGUGUCUUAUGUGAUGGAAGAAGAAUUAAGAGUGAUGGUGAUGGUGGUGCCCAUUUCAUUUGUCCAACCAAAAAGAAGUCAGUUGGAGCCACAAUUUACCACCAAACUAUUCCUUGGGGUAAAGCUAGAUAUUUGGGGGGGGGGACAUCACAUAUUCCCUCAAGGCUACUAAUAGCAGACAUUUCUUGCUUAGCAGGAUGUUUCUUCCCCGUGCCCUCUGUCAGGGGCUACAAUGUCCCACCUGUGGCCAAGUCUUCCUCCCAAGGAACAAUGUGAUCAUUGGACUUAAUUCCCCAAGUUGAGUAUUUCAGUCCAGGCUGUGAGAUUCCAGUCUCACAGAGGGAAAGGAGAGAGAACGGGCAAGACGUUUGGUUUCAUUUGUCACUGUUUUUAAGACUCCGUAUGCUAGCACACCAAACUCUUGUCUGUAUUUACCUUCGUACUACAGUAUUAAUCGCUAUUGUUCAUGUUCGUGCUGGAAGUCUGAACUUACACUAGAGGAUGGAUUAGGAAAAGAGGGUAUUUGAGCAGUUAUGAUCUGACUUCAGUUGUGACCAUGUUAUAAUGUGUUUUUGACAUAGGAGAGUUGUGCUGCUGUCUAGAUCUUCUUGAAUGUUGAUAAAAAUGAAUGACUACUACAAUACAUUUUGUGUUGCUUGUUGGAUGAAUUUGCAUGUUAACUGUAGGUCAAUAUAGAUUUGCCUUUAAAACUCUGAAAGAGCUACAUAGUCAUCAUUAGUUUCUAUUAAUUAUGCAUCAGACAAAAGCCAUUUGUUACCAAACUAGAAAACCAGAGACUUUUCUUAAUGACUUCAUACUCUGUAUCAAAAAUGAAUUUAAAUUUGUGUAAGUGCUCUGGUUGCUCUAAGCAUAAUUAAGAAUUUUUUCUAAUUAAUAGUUUACUAAUUAUUUAUUAUAGUUAAAAAGGAAUAAAAGGCAUAAAAUGACCUUCUACUGAUUAUUUUCAGUUUUCCCCCAAACUGGAAAUGCCUCACCAUAAAUAGGAUCUGUAAUUUUGUUUCAUAAAACACAACAAAGUAAUGCUUUAUGUAAAAUAUUAAAAUAUUAAUAUAAAUAUGUAAGAAUAAAUACAAUCUAAAGUCAGAAAACGGCAGUCCUAAAAAUUCGUGGAGCAGAUAUAAUCAGGACUAUGUAGAAGUAGAAAGAAAAAAAGUAAAUCUUUUUUAAAUCAGAACAAAUAUUAAAGACCAUUACAGAAAAUAGUGAAUUUUGAAUUCCAAAAAUUUUCGACAGUGUAAUGGAAAUUUUUCUGUAAUUUUCUUAUCACUGGGUAUUUUUUUAAGUAUUCAUUGAGUUAACCCAAAGUUGACUGUAGCUUAAAAGAUUUUGUGAGCACUAACUAUUGGCAGAAACUGCACUUGCAAAUAAAAAUAAAUGUUUGCCUUUU